GAUUUGAUUAUGUGUUUGGUACCUUCCUAUCGACUAAUAUCACGAAUCGUACUCAACUAUAUUACUAAAGUACAGGUUGGGUUAACAAGAAACAAACUUGUUACAUUGAUAAGCGAAGCAAUUUCUAUCGGAAUUUCGUUCGUGAGUGUAGAAUGUGUUGUGCGAUGAUGCGCGCUUAUCUCAACGCGCAUCUCGACGAUAACGACCCUGGGAGUGGCGGGCGCGCCGGGCGCCGACAGUCGCGUGCUGCGCGCCGCCCGAAUUCGCGAACGUGAACAAUACACGACGGCUAUAAAAAUGAACAUUAAUUUGCACUAAGGGACUAGAGCUACCUUGGGUAGAAUCGUUGAAAUCAUAGAACAUGCGUGCGUGUGAUGUUGACUAAUUUGGUUUAUGAUAUUUGCAUUGCGGAACACUAAACUAGUGAUACAUUCGCUAUAUCGGAUACUACACAGCCAGCAAAAUGAGUAGUGUGUUUUCUAGAUUCAAAAAGAAGGAGAACGAUCCGUCGGGGGGUGCUGACGAGUAUGAAAAGGUCCAGUUGCGUCCUAAGUCACUAGACACAAGUCAAAAAAAAAAAUCCAAUCUAUUGGCUCCAACGAUUUCCUCAUCGUCUAAAGCGACAUCGCUAUCAGCAUCAAAGAAAACCCGUCCAGUAGGCGAUUGGGUAUCCGAACGUAAAAAUGGUCAAUCCACAUAUAAAGUAGCACAGAAAAACAACAAUUUAUACAAGCCUGGGUUGACCAAAUCAACGCCAAACCUAGCCGAGAAUCGAUUUCGUUCUGCAGAGAAGAAAACUGCAUCUUUACAACGUGGAAAGGGGCUCAUUGUUAACACCGCAAUUCCUCGAGCAGGCGUAAGGUAAAAUCAAUUACAUUUAAUUAUUACUGCGCAAAACUAUACGUG